AUGCUCACACGCACCCUGCCACGCAUUGCAACACCCUUGCCGACCGCAGCAGGGAGCGUACCAGCGAGCUCGCCACGAGCACUACCGCCAGCGCAACCGCUCCCUCUUGCUCUACUCGGCCGCCACAUCCUCGUCGUCACCGCCGGCUCCUACCUCGCCGUCCCGCUGUACCGCGUAUUCUGCUCGGCGACGGGCUACGCCGGCACCCCGCAGACCGACCAGUCGCGCUUCGUCCCCGAGCGCCUCGUCGCCCGCACCGACCUCGACCGCCGCAUCCGCGUCACCUUCAACGCCGACUCGAGCGACUCGCUCCCGUGGUCGUUCGAGCCCCAGCAACGCGACGUCCGCGUCCUCCCCGGCGAGACGGCCCUCGCCUUCUACACGGCCACCAACCACUCGGACGAGGACAUUGUCGGCAUCGCCACCUACAACGUCACGCCCAACAACAUCGCGCCCUACUUUGCCAAGGUCGAGUGCUUCUGCUUCGAGGAGCAGCGCCUCCUCGCCGGCGAAGAGGUCGACCUCCCCGUCUUCUUCUUCAUCGACCGCGACUUUGUCGACGACCCCAACAUGAAGGACAUCCGCGAGGUGACGCUCAGCUACACCUUCUUCCGCGCCCGCCGGGACUCGUUCGGCAACCUCGUCCCCGCCGAGGGCCCUCUCGCCGUCGCCGGCUCGGCGCCCGUCGUUUGA